AUGUCGCUCUCCCAUGCUGUUCAUAAUCCAGUGACAUCAUGUCUGAGGCUCAUCUUCCGCGAUACCAGCCGCCGGGCAUGUUCACAAAGCACUAGAUCCUUUUCCGCUUACAGACAAGGAUAUCAAUCAACUAAGCGUGAACUCCAGACCGCGUCAGCCUACACUCCACACACCCUAUCUGAGCCCUUUCCUCCUCGAAACGCCGGAACUCCAGAUACUUCCAUCUCCAAAGCCAUUCCAGGCCUCGAAGCCAACGAACUACCCUCCGAUUCAUCAAAAGCAAGCACUGCCGACCGUUUCACCAGCUACAGUCUGCCAGAAGGCGAGGCGCAGAAAUCAUGGCCUGCUCUGACACCAAAUUCAACUGCCCCUUCAACCCCACCUUCGACACAAGGUACAACGAAGUCGCGGAAAACCAAACUACGUCCCCGCAAAGCCGCCAUGACCCUCACGCCCGCUGCUGUUGAUCAACUGCGGACUCUUCUUUCACAGCCAAACCCGAAGUUGAUCCGAGUCGGCGUAAGAAACCGAGGCUGCUCCGGAUUGUCGUAUAACUUAGAAUACGUCGAAAAGCCAGCGCCUUUUGAUGAAGUCGUGGAACAGGAUGGAAUUAAAGUUUUAGUGGACAGCAAAGCUCUGUUUAGCAUAAUUGGAAGUGAGAUGGACUGGCAGGAAGAUAAAUUGGCGAGUCGCUUUGUGUUCAAAAACCCAAAUAUCAAGGAUGAAUGCGGUUGCGGCGAAUCUUUCAUGGUUUGA